ACCUGUAACAGUUCGCUUGGCAUGCAAACUUUCUGGAUUCAGGAAGCUGCCAUAACCGCCUCAUCAAUUCGCGACAGUGUCCAUGAUCCCGCACAAGCACGUCUCCAUGGUAACGGAGCGUGGAUGCCGCUUAUUCAAGACGCCAAUCAAUUUCUGCAGAUUGAUUUCGAAAACGAAGCUAACGUGUCAGCGGUCGCUAUCCAGGGUCAUCCUACAAAUGACUUCUGGGUAUCAAAGUAUUCGUUAUCAUUUAGCAAGGAUGGCAAACUCUGGGAUGAUAUAUCAGAGGUCUUUGAUGGCAGUGAAAGCAGACAUGAGGUCAAAACCACCCAACUAGAAGAGCUUCAAAUGGCGCGUUUUUUACGCAUUAAGCCCACGGAAUGGAAUGAUGCUAUCGCUCUUCGAACAGAAAUUUAUGGCUGCAUGCGAGAUUUUCCAAAAUGUGGAAGUCGCCGACAAGACGAAAUUCAUCAUUCUCGCCAAAAGCGAGUUGUCGGCGGCAACAUCGCUAAGCCAAACUCGUGGCCGUGGCAAGUUGAAAUACUGGAGAAUGGGACUAAGCACUGGUGCGGGGGCUCCAUCAUUCACCCUCAGUGGAUAAUUACAGCCGCUCACUGUGUGGAUGAAAUUUACUCAUCGGCACCAAAGGAAAUACGUAUUGGAGAGCACAACAGCAAGGUUCUCGAGGGCUACGAGGAGAUUAUCGAAGGAGACAGGUUCUACAUACAUCCGGGAUUUAAACACGACCGCCCGACGAUGGUCAGCGCUGGAGACUACGACUUCGCUCUUUACCGUCUGAAGAGACCAGUCACGUUCUACAGUCGAGUCGGUCCGGUGUGUCUGCCCAAAGAAGACUCGACUAUCAGCGACGAGGUUGGCCGAAUGUGCUUCUUGACAGGUUGGGGUCACACCCAAGAAAAUGGAAAUUUUUCCGAUAUUCUUCGAGAGAACGAAGUGCCCUUAGUUUCUUUUGAGGAGUGCAACAAAGAGGACUCUUAUAACGGUUACAUUAAGGAGCGUUACAUGUGCGCAGGAUAUCCUGAAGGUGGAAAAGACGCUUGUCAAGGAGAUAGUGGAGGGCCCCUGGUAUGUCAAGAUGGGGCAGGAAAGUGGGUGCUGGCUGGUGUGGUGACUUGGGGUGUCGGAUGUGCGAGACCGCAAAAAUAUGGGGUUUACGCUGAUGUCCGCAGAUUUCUUCCCUUUAUUGAAAGCACUAUAUAUGGUUACCCACAAUGCGGUAUUCGGCCAUUUCCUUCCUUAAUGUCUCGUAUUGUUGGUGGACGCGAAGCUCGCCCCAACUCCUGGCCGUGGCAGGUCGAUUUUCUGGUCAAUGGUACUUCUCACUACUGUGGAGGCUCUCUAAUCGAUCCUUUAUGGGUUGUGACCUCAGCUCACUGUUUCUAUGUGUACACUAAACCAGAUCAAUGGCAGGUCAGGGUUGGCGAACACAACGAAACUAAAUUCGAAGGAUACGAGGAAAUGAUUGAUAUUGAAAACAUAGUAGUCCAUCCUGGAUUCAUUAUUGGCGAUGCAAAAUAUCCUGGCGAUUACGAUAUUGCGAUCGUCAAACUCAAGCGACCGGCGGUUUUCCAUAAGCUGGUACAUGCCAUUUGUCUUCCCGACAUGGAAACUAGUUUACCAACUGGUAAAUCCUGUUUUGCUACCGGAUGGGGAAAGCAGGACGAGAAUGCAACUGAGUAUUCAGAUGUUCUUCGAGAAGUAGAGGUGAACCUCGUAUCUAAAGAAGUCUGUAACAGCAAUAUCUCUUAUGAUGGGAUCAUACACGAGCGAUAUUUUUGCGCAGGUGUUGAAGCUGGUGGUAAAGACUCGUGCGUGGGUGACAGUGGAGGGCCACUGGCUUGUCCAAAGGACGAUGGAAGUUUUACUUUAACCGGGAUCGUUUCGUGGGGAGAAGGUUGCGCUAGAGCUGAUAAAUAUGGCGUGUAUUUAGAUGUACGCUAUAUGUUGCCAUUCAUUGAAAGUACUCUACACGGAUAUCCCUCUUGUGGCGUUCGUCCAGUUCCUUCCCCUUCCUCCCGAAUCGUAGGAGGCCUAGAAGCUCGCCCCAACACCUGGCCGUGGCAAGUUGAUCUUCUCGUAAAUGGUACUUCUCACUAUUGUGGCGGCUCGCUGAUUGAUCCUUCGUGGGUUGUGACCUCUGGCCAUUGCUUUUAUUUUUUUCCACAAGUAGACUGGUGGCAUGUUAGGGUUGGGGAGCAUAACGAGACAAAAUUCGAAGGCUACGAGGAAAGGAUCGAAAUUGAACACGUCACGAUACAUCCGGGAUUAAACCUUUCUUACGGACCCGGCGAUUACGACAUCGCCCUCGUCAAGCUCAAGCGACCAGCGGUGUUCCACAGCCGAGUACAUUCAAUAUGUCUGCCUGAUAUGGACACUACCUUUCCAACAGGAAAAUCCUGUUUUGCCACCGGAUGGGGAAGGGAAGAAGAAAAUGCAACUGAGUAUUCAGAUGUUCUUCGAGAAGUGGAGGUGAACCUUGUAUCUAAAGAAGUCUGUAACAGCAAUAUUUCUUACAAUGGUGCUAUACACGAACGUUAUCUUUGCGCUGGUUUUCAAGGCGGUGGUAAAGACUCGUGUGGUGGUGAUAGCGGAGGACCGCUGGCUUGUCAAAAUGAGGAUGGCCGUUUCGUACUGACGGGCGUUGUAAGCUGGGGUGAAGGCUGCGCCCGAGCUAAUAAAUAUGGCGUGUAUUUCGAUGUGCGCUACAUGCUGCCAUUCAUUGAGGGUACCCUAUACGGUCAUCCGAAAUGUGGCACCCGCUUCCUAUCCUCGGAAAGUUCUCCUGCUCUCAGCCAUAACGAGGCUCGUCCCAACUCCUGGCCGUGGCAGGUUGAGCUGCUAUUCAAAGAUACGCAUGCGUGUAGCGGCUCUUUGAUCGACCGGCACUGGAUUCUGACUUCGGCAACUUGUUUGAACACAAGCCACAAUACCGAUAACUGGAUGGUCCGGCUCGGUGAACAUGACCGAACAGUCAUCGAGGGAUACGAAGAAAGUAUUAAAGUCAAAGAAAUUUACACAAGUGCAAAACAUCAUGUCACACUACUGAAAAUGAAGCGAGAAGCUGUCCUUCACAAGCGAGUUCUUCCUAUCUGUCUUCCGGAAGACGAUGCAAACGUUAACGUAAAUUCUUCGUGUUACGUGACCAGUUGGCAGUCUGCCAAAAAGGACGGGAAUUUCACGGAUGUGUUGAACGAAGCCCAAGUUGAAAUAGCCCCAUUUCAAGACUGUAAUGCAUCAUACAGUGGAAAACUCUCCGAGUAUGAAGUAUGUGCAAACUUCACCCGAGGGAAAACCCGAGGUUGUAAUGUCGAGAGGGGUGCGCCUCUAGUUUGUCCAGGGAUCGAUGGACGAUUUGUAUUAACAGGCGUAGCUUCUGCCGAAGACGGAUGUUCGAAUGCAGGACAAUAUGAUGUCUUCAUCGAUGUCAAAAUGAUGCUUUCGUUUAUUAAUAUGACUAUCAGUGCGAACUAGGAUCCAGGCAGUGUUUAAAUAGUUCUGUGUAAGUUAGAACAGCUCGAACUUUUGUAACGUGAUUCCUACGUUAAGGUUCACAAGACAUUCCCGCGUGAUUUUCCGCAAAUUAUUUACCAAAUUUUUCCAUACGCUCGAGACUUUUUAUCUAUCAAGUUUUAUUUAAGUGUUACUUUAAAAACCCUUGCUUCCAGCUACUAAAAAAAUAUACCAUGAACCGAUGAAAAGACGCGUGUAAUUAUUUCCAGCACAGGCAUAAAUGAGGUUAGAUAGGCUUAUCAUAUCUCCUAAACGAGCAUUGUAACCUAUCUUUUUUAUUGUAUUUUUCAAAAAAGACAUUGGUAGGGAACAUUUAAGGAAAGUUUAACGAAAUAGCUCGAUAAUUCUUUUUCUGAGAAAUCGCCUUAAGACCGCUGACAUAUCUUGUGAUUGACUUCUCAUAAACUCACUGUGAUAUUUUCCAUUCUCCUGAUUGGCUAUUGUGACAAACUUUGGUUUUGAUUUGCAGCACUCGAUCAAACAGGGCUCUGCUAAAGAAGGGCGGAGUCAGCUAAUUUUAUGAGCGAAAGGUGGAUAUUUUUGAAGUCAAACAUUUUAAAAUUAUUGUGAUACGUCAUUGCGUUGUCGCUCUUCCGAAAUAUGUAGAAGCUAUUCUCGUCACUUCCGCCGCGAUGAUGAUAUUUACUGUUCUAGUAUAUGCCAAAGAGGAAUGACAACCAAGGGUUUACGAAUUACGUGUGUUUUAAAUGUCACAAUUUAUCAAUCCCAAAUGACCGUAUCUUAAGGAAUUUUCAAAGAAUUUGUCAAAAGAUUGUCUUCUCACCCACUGUCUUGACUAAGUCUUUAGAGGCGAUCUCUCAGAGCGAACAAAUCAUGCAUAUAACUGUAGAUUCACCCAAGCCAAAGCUUUCUACUUUCUCGUUCUUUUACCUCUCUACUCGCAGAUUUACAGCAAACGUACAACGAGCAUACCCCCGCAGAAUAGAUUUUAGAGAUAAUAAUAACCAUAAAUUACUGAAGCUCCCGUUCAUUCAAUUUCAAAAUUGUUAAAGGGAAAGUUUACCAGGUUUUCCACUGUUAAAUGAUCGCUCGCGAAUAAGUUGCAUAGUUGAUCUCGAGAGCAAUGGCAAGCAUGGUUACCUUAAUCGUUUCUGUGGGACAUAACCGCUCCCUCAGUAUAAACGGACAUCAACCAGAGAUUAACGCUACUACUAGGUUUCCGAAUUUGCGGGACGUCAUGAGCUGAAAGUCAGCAACAGCACCUGAUGAGUACACAGUAUAUCAUUAACAUUGGUUAUGAGAUGAUUUAAGUGCCCGUUUGGUUUGAUAUCCUUAGUCAUGCUGCUUGACUUUUUCAC